CAUAAGGUAAAAUACCUCAAGUACCAUUUAACUUUGAGAAUUGGUGGAGUUAUACCACUUAACUUAGAAUAAGGUGUCGGCUACCACUUAACUUAGUAAUUAGUGCAUCCGUCCAAAAUUCCAUCCAUACAACUAACGGUGGAUAUAAAGAAUAAUUUUUUGGCCACAUCAGCCAUUCCACGUGGGAUUUGAGUUGCUCAAUCAAUCCACCCAUCAUAAUAUGCAAUGCUAACCAAUGAGCUAAAACCCCACCCAAUCUCUCGCCGUCUCUCCGUCUCACUCUGCUUUGUAAAAUGCCCCACCUCAACAACAACAAUGGCGUCCAGGAAAACUGCAAAUGACUACUCAAUGUGAUCUAUCCCUCUCACGAUUUAAAGGAGAAAAGGUCCAAAGAUAGAAAUUGCAAAUAUAAUUUCCUGCUAUAAACUGGAUCUGGAUGCAUGCACUCACUAUUGAUAUUCAUGGCAGGUUACCAAUCGCAACAUUUUCCUUCGCCAACGAAUUUGCACUCUUUACUCGUUCCCUUUGAUGCGAGCUGGAUCCUUACUGAUGUCAAAGGAUUUUUUUGCUCUUAUCUUGUUUGGAUUAAAGUGCAACGGCCGUGAUCAAAGCCAGAAUCCCGAUGAUUAUUCAAAUCUCGCUCUUUGGUUUGAUUUGAUUUUCCUCUUCUGCAGAUGUAUAAUCCGAGGAGGCAAGAUUGUCAAGCUUUUUGGACAGUUGAAGGAGAGCGAGUUUGAUGAAUCAUCUGUCAUCACUGAAUUUCGAGCGGGUUGAACCGCUAUAGCUGGAUCUGAUAAGGUUUCGCUGGGGAUAAGGAGAUCGGCUUGGCUGAGAGAUCGACGAAGAUGCAGCCUGCGAUUUUGGAUUUCUACGGCGAUAGAAUUAUCAGUAAUGCUUGAGUGCCACUGUGUGUUCUUUUGGUUGUAUCUUGUAUGUAUGGAAUCUUCAACUUUACCCCAAAAAAUGAGGCCUUUAGGUACAAGAAAGAGAGGACUCGAGCAAUUUUUGAUGGCCGGUAAAAAAUAGAAUUUCCGUUGCCGGGACUUGAACCCGGGUCUUUCGGGUGAGAGCCGAAUAUCCUGACCAACUAGACUACAACGGAUUGAUGUGCACAAAGUUUUAUUAAAUUUACUUAUCAACAUUCAGUUUCUUGAAAGAAUCUUCAGCAGCGGUCGCCUUUCUGAGUCCUUGAAAGACAGAAUCCUGGUGGGGAAAGGAAUAGAUGAAGAACAAAACGGGCAAUGAGCUGAUGACUGGAGAAUCUUGAGCUCACUGGAACAGCUUUUAUGCCAUGUGAUGUACUGAAUAGAUUAUAGAGCAGAUGAACAAAGUGAUGAGUCAAAUCAUGAACUUCCUUAACACAUCUAUCUUCAAAAAUUACUGCUUUAGAUUAUGGUUAAGGUGCAAUUAUUGUCUAGUUUGAUGUCAUUUGAAUUUGUCUGCAACCUAAAUGACACCAGGGCUAGGUAGGAUUUAGAUCUGUACUUGGAAUAAACAUCUCCAGGUGAUUGAUCUGGUAAUUCCUGUUCCCCAUGAGGCAUGUGCUCAGGGGAAAAGGACAAGAGACCAACUUUAUUAGGCCAAAGUUGUUUCUGUCAUCAGGCAUUAUUUAACCAUAUCCUUCCCUUUCUCCACCAGUGCGACCUUCUCCAACUUUAAAGGCCAAACCAUUCAUUGUUUAUGUGAGUAAAGAAAAUCUGAAGCUUUCUAACAAACAAAGAAAAAAAGAAGAAAAUCUGAAGCAUGGAAGAAGGAAUUGUGAUUGUAGGAGCUGGGAUUGCUGGCCUUGCUACAGCUUUGGCACUUCACAGGAUGGGGAUAAGAAGCUUGGUGCUGGAAUCAGCUGACAGCUUGAGGUCGAGCGGAUUCGGAUUCAUGGCAUGGCCUAAUGCCUGGAAGGCCUUGGAUGCUCUUGGUAUUGGUGAUACGCUCCGAGGGACACAUAUUCGGCUUCAAGGAAUUGUGGCUGGGUCAAAUGUUACAGGGGAACUGGUUUCUGAGAAGUCAUACAAGGACAAGGAUAGACCAAAUGGAUAUCAUGAAGUGAGAUGCAUGAAGAGGAAAGAGCUUGUGGAGGCACUCUCAGGAGAUCUACCCAAUGGAACUAUCAGAUUCUCAUCCAAGCUGGUUUCAAUUCAAGAAUCAGGGCAUCUCAAGCUUCUCCAUCUUGCUGAUGGUACCACAAUCAAAGCCAAGGUGUUGAUUGGUUGUGAUGGAGUGAACUCAGUGGUGGCCAAGUGGCUAGGAUUUGGGAAGCCAGCUUUUGCAAGAAGAUCUUCCAUUAGAGGCUAUGCACACUUCGAAUCGGGCCAUGGUUUCGUGCACAAAGGGUUUCAGUUCCAUGGGAAUGGGAUCAGAGUUGGUUACAACCCUUGUGAUGAACAAACUUGUUACUGGUUCUUCACCUGGACUCCCUCUAAUGAAGACAAGGUUAUAGGCAAUGAUCCAGAGAAGGCCAAGGAGUUUGUGCUAAGCACAAUUGGGAAUGUACCAGACCAGUUGCUAGACGUGAUAGCGAAAACCGGGCCAAGAACAUAUGCUUCCCCUAUGAGGUUCAGGUAUCCAUGGGAGCUGCUUUGGUGUAACAUAAGCAAAGACAAUGUCUGCAUUGCAGGGGAUGCUCUGCAUCCCAUGACCUCAGAUGUUGGACAAGGUGCCAACAUGGCUUUGGAAGAUGGUGUCAUUCUUGCUAGACGUCUUGCUGAGGCUCUCCUGCCGAGGAAAGCCGACGAGGAAGGCGAGUUUGAGAGGAUCAGAAGUGGGUUGAGCAAGUUUGGGGAAGAGAGGAGAUGGAGAAGCUUUGGGAUGAUCACAACAGCUUAUGUGAUUGGGUAUAUUCAGCAGAGCAACUGGUGGGUUAUGAAGUUUGUGAAGGACAAGUUUCUUUCUCCUGUGCUGGGGAAAUUGCUUCUGAGUAGGGCUGAUUUUGAUUGUGGGGAACUCAUCAAGAUUUGAGUAGUUCCUAUACUAAUUGGAUUGCUUUCAUGAAAGCUUGGUGCUUGUGUGGCAAAAGUGUUGUACUUGGUUGUCUCAUACAAUGCAUAUGUUCUGUUCAUGUGGAAUUGUGUUGAUGCUUCAAGUGUACUUGUUAACUAAUACCACCAAUCACAUGUGCAAUUGUAUUUGUGUUUUGUAUCGUCACCUCAAUUUUUUUCAAUCCUAAUUCAUAUUCCUUUCAUUACAUCCACAUUAAUGCAAUUAUCUUGCACUUACAAUUGAAUUUUUAAAUUUAAUUAUAAUAAUAUAAAUACUUAAAU